GACGCGGGCACACGCAUGCACACACUCGUGUCGUCCUCCAGAGGUGCAGCAGCGGCAGCAGCAGCCCGCACACCACCACCACCACCACCACCACGCUAUCUCUAUGUAUGUGCCGUCACAGUGCAGACAGAGGUUGUAAACAUGGCGGCGGACGGGAUGGUGCUCACCAACCACGACCAUCAGACCCGAGUGGGGAUUCUGACGGUCAGUGACAGUUGUUUCAAGAACCUGGCUGAAGACAGGAGUGGAGUCAACCUGAAGGACCUGGUCCAUGAUCCGUCACUAUUAGGAGGGGUCAUAGCAGCCUACAAAAUUGUUCCAGAUGAGAUUGAUGAAAUCAAGGAAACUCUUUUGGAGUGGUGUGAUGUACAGGAGCUGAAUCUCAUUCUUACUACUGGAGGAACUGGGUUUGCACCUCGAGAUGUUACACCCGAGGCCACCAGAGAGGUGAUAGAGCGAGAGGCCCCGGGUAUGGCUCUGGCCAUGCUGAUGGGAUCACUCAACGUUACACCAUUAGGCAUGCUGUCUAGGCCAGUGUGUGGUAUCCGUGGAAAAACUCUGAUUAUCAACCUUCCAGGGAGCAAGAAGGGCUCCCAGGAGUGUUUUCAGUUCAUUCUGCCCGCUCUUCCCCAUGCCAUCGACCUUUUGCGCGAGGCCACGGUCCGGGUUAAAUCCACACACGCCGCCCUGGAGCAGCUGCCCUCCCCUUCUCCUUUGUUGGGCAACACGCACAGCAACACACAUACUAUGGAGCGCGGCACCCAGUGCGAGGAAGAGGAGGACGAGGAGGAAGACAGGAGAAGAAGUCGUCAUGCGCACAACCACCACCACCACCACCAGCAUGGCUCCUCCCACAUCACCGCAGCCGCUAUUGCUGCCAAGACGAGCCAUGCAGUGGUCAUGGCUAAGGGGAGUCCCUACCUGCCUGGCGACACACCCGCCCCUCCCUCUCAUUUCACCUGCUCCUGUACUCAUGACCAGCAGAUCCCGGACUCGAUCAUUUCUCGAGGCGUUCAGGUGCUUCCUCGAGAUUCGGCCUCUUUAAGCUCCACCCCUUCCGAGUCACCACGGGCAACACAGGCAACCUCCCGCCUUUCCACCGCCUCAUGCCCGACACCCAAGGUUCAGUCACGAUGUGGCAGCAAUGAGAACAUUCUGAGAGCCAGCCACAGUGCAGUUGACAUCAGUAAAGUGGCACGUCGUCAUCGCAUGUCCCCCUUCCCAUUGACGUCAAUGGACAAAGCCUUCAUCACUGUUCUAGAGAUGACACCUAUUCUGGGAAUUGAAGUCAUUAAUUACAGAGAUGGUUUGGGUCGAGUUCUUGCUCAGGACAUCUAUGCCAAAGACAACCUUCCUCCAUUCCCUGCCUCUGUUAAAGAUGGCUAUGCUGUACGAGCUGCUGACGGCCCAGGAGAUCGCUUCAUCAUGGGAGAAUCACAGGCUGGACAACAGCCAACCCAUACUGUGAUGCCAGGUCAGGUGAUGAGGGUGACAACCGGGGCUCCAAUUCCCUGUGGAGCUGAUGCCGUGGUGCAAGUAGAGGAUACUGAGCUACUGAGGGAGUCUGAGGACGGCACAGAGGAGUUGGAGGUGAGGAUUAUGGUCCAGGCCCGGCCUGGGCAGGACAUCAGGCCAAUAGGUCAUGACAUCAGACGAGGGGAGUGUGUGCUGGCUAAAGGAACACAUAUGGGCCCGUCAGAGAUUGGCCUGCUUGCUACAGUGGGGGUGACUGAGGUCAGCGUGCACAAGUUCCCUGUAGUAGCUGUCAUGUCCACUGGAAACGAGCUGCUGAAUCCAGAGGAUGAUCUCCACCCAGGGAAGAUCAGAGACUCUAACCGCUCCACUCUUCUGGCCACCAUUCAGGAGCAUGGAUACCCCACCAUCAACCUAGGCAUUGUUGGAGACAACCCUGAUGACCUGCUGUCAGCUCUCCAUGAGGGGAUCAGUCGUGCUGAUGUCAUCAUCACCUCUGGGGGUGUAUCCAUGGGAGAGAAGGACUACCUGAAACAGGUGCUGGAUAUUGAUCUUCAUGCUCAGAUCCACUUUGGUCGAGUCUUCAUGAAACCAGGUCUUCCUACUACCUUUGCCACAGCUGACAUUGAUGGAACACGGAAACUCAUCUUUGCUCUGCCAGGUAACCCAGUGUCUGCCGUGGUGACAUGUAACCUGUUUGUGAUUCCUGCUCUAAGGAAGAUGCAAGGCAUUCUGGACCCUAGGCCUACAAUCAUUAAAGCUAGGCUUUCCUGUGAUGUUAAGCUGGAUCCCAGACCAGAGUACCACCGCUGCAUUCUUACUUGGCAUCAUCAGGAGCCACUACCCUGGGCACAGAGCACAGGCAACCAGGUAUCCAGCAGGCUAAUGUCAAUGCGUAGCGCCAACGGCCUGCUGAUGUUACCUCCCAAAACUGAGCAGUACGUAGAGCUGCAUAAGGGAGAGGUCGUGGAUGUCAUGGUCAUCGGGCGGCUAUGAUGCAGACUUAAAUGUCACUUGCUACCGAUUUCCAUGGCAGUACCAGGACUUCUUGUCUGGACAGCAUACGGGCGGGGGCAGGAAGUGAUGCAUGUCUACCUGGUCGCCAUUAGCUGUGAUGUCAUAUGCAACAGCCAAUCGGAGCCAGCGCAGGCUGAAUCCUCAUUGGUCUGCUCUGAGGAGAUCACUGUAUUUUAAAGAAGAAAAAAAUGUGAAAAAAAUAUAUUAAAAUAUGAGAUUUAUUCUGUAAUAUUAUUAUUAUCCUGACGAUAAUGAUUAUUAAUAUUCUUAAUUAAUAUUCUAUUUAUUAUUAUUAUCAUGGUUCUGAUUGAAUAUUAUCAUCUUAGUAGUAUUCAUGCCCUCUUCUCUCCGUUCAUUUGCUUUGUGCGUUUAACAUUUUUCCCUAGUAAAUAUAGAGAUAUAGAGAUUAGCCCGUCCUUCCCCCACUCCUGACCUUUUCUCCUUUUUCUUGUUCUUCUUUUUGUACUUCCACCUUGACUAUAGCUCUGGCGUCCAAUGUCCACAUAUAGAGACUCUUUGAUAAACGUGCAGUAUCACUACAUUUAUCAUCUGAACACACUGACCCUAACAUCAGUACUGACUGAAAUAUGAACUUUAAAGGCAGAUGAUAAAGACAACUUUGGUGACAUAGUUUGUGCCAGUAUAGUAGAUUAUUACAUCUUUGCCAAAAGUUAAAAAAAAAAAUAAUACUUUGUAUUUUUUUUUUAAUAUUAUUUUUCUCCAGAUAAAACAAUUGCAAACCGUGCUGUGACAGUACUCUUCAUGACUCUCAAUGAAAGCCAUGAAAUACUUCUAGCUGGGUCAGUGGCUCAUCUUUAGAGCAAAGUGAGACAGGACUUAAAUCUUCCCUCACCACACUGGAAUGAGUCCUUUGUUCAGAUAUCAAAUAUAAACGUAAUCAUAACAAAAUACAUACAGAAAUGACUGUGACCUGUAGUCAUGUUAGAGGUGGGCCACCCUGACCGUAUUAGUUAAACCCUGCAUUCAAGUGGUGUUUGAUGUAUCCGAGUCUCAAGUUUACGUCAUAAUUAAGAUACUUUGAUAAAUGUGUUUUUAUGUUUAAGACUAUUAAGGAAUAAGGCUGACUUUAUUCUCUAUUUUUCUAACUGUAAUAAAAUCCCAUGAAAAGACCAAAAAACAUCAGUCUGUUAGUCCGUGUCUCAACACUUUCUGACUUUCUUAUCCUGUUUGUGGCCCUCAUCCAAAAUACCAACAGAUGAAGAUCUUUAAUGGAAUCAUUUGACAUUUUUGGAUAUAGUCUUUAUUUCCUUUAUCAAUAUGAAUUUGAUAAGAAAAUUUAAAUCUCGUGUCUGUCUGUUUAUUAUGAAUCUAUAAUCAGCAGAUUUAACGUACCUGCUUUAGAACAGAUUCAACUAAUAAAGAUCCAACACUUAAUUUGUGAAAGUUGCUUUUAGGUGGGAUUUGUUCAUUCCAGACAGACAGCUGAGAGCUUAAAUUUAGUGAACAAAAUGUGGAACUAUUUCUUCAAGAUACUUCAGAAAUAUCCAGGACUGUUUUUUUUUUUUUUUUUAUAAACGUUCAAUAA